UUCUCUACUCUCCUGCUCCUUUUUACUUGAACCCUAAACUAAAACAACAACGUUAAUAGUAUAACUUUUCAGUACUUUAUUUAUCUUCUUCUCUCUGUGUUUAUAAAAUCCACUGACGGUCCCCCAACAACUCUUUUUCCCUCUUUCUUCUUCUUCUCCCGCGGCGCAUCUCGAUUUCCCUCCAAAUCAGUGAUGGAAUCUGAAAGUUGUUUAAAGAAGAUGAAAAACGAUACUGAUUCAUCCAGGGAAAGUUUUUUUCUGGAGAAAGUUAAAGUUAUAGAAGCUAAAGAUAAUGAGUUAUUAAAGCCAAUUGAUAAAAGGGUUUCUCUUGGUCCAAUUACCCCAAAUCCCGAUAGGGAGACUGGAGAAGUUGUUCUUGAUUGUUUUUCACCGUUAUCAUGGGUUUCUUCUACACCAGGACCAGUAUGUUCGGAUGCUAAAAGAAUUGAUGAUACUACUGAGGUUGAUUCUUCUCCUCAAACACCGAAAGAAGACUUAUUUGAUUCGUUUGCUCCAGGUCCUGAUGAUUUGAUGUUAGCUCCAAAGGUUAUUAAACAUAUCGGAAAAUCUUGUACAAGUGUUUCAAGGAGGCUGAAUUUUGAUUCUUCUCCUGAGGAUUUCAAUGAGAGUAGUGAAAGGUUGAAAUUUGAUUCUUCUCCUGAGGAUCACAAUGAGAGUAGUGAAAGGUUGAACUGUGAUGCUUCUCAAGAGGAUAGCAACCAGGUUAGUGAAAGUGGAAACAAUGAUAAUGUGGCUUGCAGAAGUGAUGAUGCUACGGAUGAGGUGUUUUUGCACGAAGAGGUGCUGCUUGAGACAAUGUAUGAAUCACUUUUAGAUGCAAUUGUUUCAAAACAAACUGAGGAAAUUAUAGCUGAAAAUAUUCCUGAUGGGAUGAAGACACCAACUUCACUGCCUCUUCUCAGUGGAAUCACAGAGACUUGUCCACCUGCUCCUGUUAAACCUCCUUCAGGAUCAAGAUGCAUUGAUCUCGCAAUUCGCAGAAAACUCGAGUUCUAGACUUUUUUUUUUGUCGGUGGUGAGAUUCUGAACGGACUUAUUUGUUAAGAUAUAUAUCAGAUUGUGUUCUUCUUGACACAGUAGAGGAUAUUGUAGCGAAGUCUGCCUCUAGAGAAGAAAGAAAAAGCCUGGAAGGACUGGGGCUGCAUGUUCAUACUUCUAGGUAAGCUUGUACAUGCUUUAUUUGACACCCAACUUAUAUUAACCUUGGAGCAUUGUAUAGUUAUUUGUAACUUGUUUUCUGUAACCAAAAAUGAACCAAGGUGAGGAAACAAUGUAUAGUAAUUAUUUAGUUGGGACUAAUGUCGAUAUCCGAAUGUAAGUUUGCAAGUGCUGAUUUACAUCAUCGAACUUUCUGCACUGGGUUUUACUGAUUAGAAAUGAUGCAGACGAGGCUUCUCAUCUGUUGAGUUUAACAUUCUGUGACAAACACUUUGUGGAAAUGAUGUAUUACUAAGGGUGUAUGGACAAGUCUUUCUUACUUUGCUUUAGGUUUGCACUGAAAUCAUAUUGUUUGUUAUAGUAUUGGAUUUUAAAUUAGAAUUUCGCUCUGUUGUUGUACAACCUCUGUGAUAUACUGAUUAGCUUGUAAUCUAAAUUCCUUGUUUUGGUUAUUUA